AUGCAGAAAAUGCAGCAGAAGAAAAGGAAAAAAGCAAGAAGUAUAGCAGAUACUAAACGUGGAGAAAUCCUUAAUGAAAUUUUGCUUAUUGUCCUAACUGGAUUGGUACCCAUUUGGCAUAUGCAAGUCAUAGGCCUAGAAGGAUGGGAAGUGAUACUUGAAGGAUUAACAAUUUUUGAAGAAGCCGAGUCUCCUAAUUCUGAAAGAACUCCUGAAACUCAAUCAGGAAACAUGGCAGAAGACCAGUAUGACACCACCUCAGUCAAUGACUUUGCUAACUGGAAUCUGAGGGGUACUCAAUCUUGUAUUCGAAUGCCGGAGUUUCAAGCACAUACUUUUGAGAUCAAGCCCGCCAUGAUCACAAUGCUUCAAAUGAAUGGUGUAUUUCAUGGUCUAUUCAAUGAAGAUGCUAACAAGCACUUGAUGUCUUUUGUGGAAGAUCUUGAGAAUAAGUUUAGAGCCCGAUUCUUCUCUGAUGAUAAAACGGUGGAAGCUAGAGAUGAAUUUCUUAGCUUUAAGCAAUAUCCAGAUGAGCAUCUCUAUGCAGCUUGGGAGAGAUACAAGAUGUUGAUGAAGAAAUGCCCUAAUCAUGGGAUGGACAAAUGGGUAAUGAUUCAGAUUUUCUGUAAUCGUCUGAAUCCAUCUUCGAAGGCCAUAGUUGAUUCUAUCACAAAUGGGGGAUAUCAAAAUGUGUCUGUCAAUGAAGUUUUUCGCUUCUUAGACCAAUUGUCUGUGAACAACACUCAAAACACAGAUAGAAAGAAUACAUCAAUGGUGACUAGUGCAAAAGAUGAUUCCUCUUCCCAGAUUGUAUCCAUCUUGAAAACAAUGAACAAGCAUUUUGAUGUGUUGGAAUCUCAAAUGCAAAGGGAAAAUUCUCAUAAUGUGCAUGCUGUCCAAGCCAUUCCAAUUCCCUUACUCUCAAACAUACAACUCAGGAUGAGGAAUCAUCCUAAUUUUUCAUGGAGUCAAGGGAAUUCUUCAAAUCAGCCUUCAUCCUUUAAUGUCAAGCCACUUCACCCUUCGAGUUUUCAAGCUCCACCAAAGCCAAUACCAGUUAAGGAAGAGGAGUUUAGAAUGGAAAAGAUUGGUGCUACUAAGGUGGUUGUUGAUAAUGAAGUGAUUAAUGAAGAAAUUAUGGUUGAAGAGUAUGGCAACUUGAAGAAUAAUCAAGAAGAGAAAAAGAAUAAAGAUCAAGCCAAAAAGGUUGGUGAUAAGAACAAGCCACAAGAGGCCAAGCCAAAGUAUGUGCCUCCACUACCUUUUCCUCAAAGGCUUAGGAAGUAA